UAUAAUCUUCCUUGUUAAGAAGAACUCUUACGCUUCUCACGUAUUGGUUGAAGUGCGCGGUAAUUACUUGGUAUUAAAAACUGCCUUGUGCAAAAUGUACAAUGAGAAUAUUAAAUUAUUACAAUUUUAAUGUGACCAUAAACAAACGCAGCUUAAAGAUUUUAUAGACAGUGUUCGACUAUUCUUAGUUAGAUGUCAUUUGUGAAGGCAUUCUGAUUUUUUCGAAACGAAUAAGUAAACGAAGGGAUUCUUUUAUAAUUCAAAGAUGAUUUUGAAGGAGUCAAACCGACUUCCUUGACACAAAAUUAAGAGUCCUAGUUUCAUUUUAAGGAGUGUAGAACUACCGGACUCCCGUUAGUGUCAAACACUGUCGGAUAGUCACAACGCGAUUGGACAAAAGAUGUCUGCUCCACGCGAACAAAGGUCGGACACAACAUUAACGAGACAAGAAAUAUGUAACGUUGACAACGAUAUGAAUAAGCAAUCCAGCGGCGUUAAGGUAUUCUCAGAUUUAAGAUCUGCAGCGAAGGAAAUCUUUCUCCGGAUGCAGGAACCAAAUGAUAUGCGUUCGCUUGAGGAAAAAACAGCGAAAUUUCAGUUAUCCUUGAGACAAGCGGAAAAGAUGUUCGAAGAUCAGGAUUAUCAUGUCCGACGUCUGUUGUACAGGAUCUGUGUUCUGGAAGCAGCUCUUAAAGUUAGCCAGGAUAAAAUAAUUCAAAUGGAACCGGGCUUAUAUGAAGAGCGAAUGAGGGAAUGUGAAAUGUUAAAAUCUCGAAUAUCCACAGACCAUUCUAGGGAACUUCUGCCGAUAGCAAAAUCAUUAGAAGACAUGAGAAAGAUCUGUGUGAAAAACGAGGAAACUUUUGUGAAGGAAUUGGACCUCCUACAACAAUCAUUAGAAGAUAUGAGAAAUCAAUGUGUGAAAAACGAAGACACUUUUGUGAAGGAAAUUGACCUCCUACAACAAGAGAUAGCACGCAGAGAAAAAGAAAUUAAACAACUAAAUUUGUCAUUACAGUCCGUGGAGUCUUGCAGUAAAGAGGACAGAAACAAAUGGCAACGACAAAUUGAAACACAAGAAGAACACAUUAUCAUCCUGAAGAAGAAGAAAAAAAUACUGAAAAACAGAGUGAACACAUUGAAAGACAUUGUCGAGGUACUGAGACGUAAGUCUGCUGUGACCUUAGGAGUUAGAAGUGAACCCAGUCACCAACUUGAGCUGUUGAUUGAAAAAGACGCGCAAUUGGAACAAGAAUAUGAAGAGACUCAAAAAGAUCUUAAUAACCAUGACAAGCUGUUGAGCGGUCAUCAGGUGAAUAUGACGGACUCUCCAACAACCAGAGGACUCUCUACUUUGUCAACAGACAAGUUUGAAAACGACGAGGUUACGCUUCGUAAACACAAGUCUAACAGUCCCAUGAGCUUAUCAUCCCAACCAAUGCCAGUCACUCUGGAGCUGCUCGUGUCCGUCGAUCUACCACAGACUGGAGAUGAUAAGGAGAAGCCUCUCCUCAAUGGACUGGACUUCCUGCCGGACGGGAGACUGGUAGCCGUGGAUAACAGGAACAAGAAAUGUAUCAUACUGAAUGAGCGACUACAGAGACUUGGUACACCGUACAAGUUCAAGACUUACCCAUGUAGCGUAGUAUGUGUGCCUCAUGAUACACUGUGUGUAACGUCUGGUGUAUAUAAAGAAGUAUAUCUCCUCUCCGUGAGUACAGACAAUACCAUCACACUGACCAAGGAGAUCACAACAUCAUCCAUGUUCGACUCUAUAUGCUGCAUGUCUCCAUCUCACAUGGUCGUGAGUACGUACGAUGAUCCUCGUCCACUUAGAAUGAUAUCAGUGGACGGGGUAGAGUCAGACUUUCAUCACUCUCUGACGUUUCCUAUGAAGACGUACCAAUUAGGUGAGAGCAGUUGCACGUUUGUACAGUCUAAGAACACGUUAGUACUGACUGACAGGUACGCCCACACUUUGUUCAUGAACGACACCGUAAAGGGUUCGUCUAGAGCAGUCACUGAUGAGAACAUACGGGAACCUCGUGGUGCCUGUGUAGGGCCUGGUGACACGGUGCUGGUGUGCAGUAUGAGGAAACACUCCAUCGUGCGUCUGACCAUUGACGGUAAAAUACUGGGUACCUACCCAGUGGAUAUGGAGUUUCCGAAAAACCUAUGUUUGUCUAAGGAUGGCACAAGGCUGGCAGUGUCAAACUGCCCUGUCGGCCGCAUCAGGAAACUUCAUUUGUAUAAGAUAUCAAUGGCAAUAAGUUAGCUGACUAGUAAGAUGUAAAUGUUAUCCGUGUCAUCAGGCUUUCUACACAAUUAUUAAAUAUUGACUUUCGUGUAUUGGUUUUGUUAAAUCAAUUCGGAAUACUAUUCCGAUUAAUUAAAAUUGAGUAGUGUUGUUACAAGGUUUUAUCGUUGAAUAAUUUUAAAAGAUUGCGAACUACCUACGUAUCUUGCAUUUGUUAUAAUGUAAAAUGUGUGUUUAUACUUAACUUCAAGAAAUGUUAUAUUGAAUAUUUGAAUGUAUUUAUAUAUUUCGUGUAUGGUAUACUAUUUAAAUUUGAAUUGCAUGCAACUUGCCCGCUGUGUAAGGUAGUUAGGCGCGUUAAAUAUUUAUACAUGUAUGUCAAUUUUUGACACAUCUAUUUAAAUGAACAAACGAUGACAAUGUUUUGUUAAUGCCAUGGAAGAAAUUAUUCGUUCAUUUAAAAUAAUGCUUGUUUUUGUUCAGGUUAAAUUAGCCACAAGUUCUAUAAUCAUCACCAGAAGUCGAAUAGAACUAUAAUUCCCAGCAUUUCACUUCUGCCUUUUAGAAGGCUUGUAUCGUCCUACCCCAUCUUAAUUAAAAGGGGAUGGUAUAUAAAACCGUUAAUUUCAGUUGUUAUUGUUUGUUUUCAAAUAGAUAAGCAAAACAAUAUCAAAUUAAUUCUGGCAUAGUGUCUUAGUCUUAGAUUUGUUAUAAUGCUAUUUUUAAAUAAACCAAUACUUGCACUUUUUAACGAUUUCAUGUAUUCAGAAUUGCUGGGGCCGAGAAAACACACGCUUUAAUGUAAAACCUUAUGAUACAUAACACUCUGAUCAGACAUCCCCAUAUCAAAGUGCAGAGAAUUAUAAAACAGAGAAAUCGUGUAAGGUAGUAAACCCAUCAUAUUCCAUUUUUAGAAUAUUUGUUGAGAAAUCAUAGAAUUGAAUUCUUGAAUCAAUAAUACAUUUAAAUAAAGUUUGACUGCUGCGGGGUUCCGACCCGGGACCAUUUGUGUUAACAUCGAACGCUCUACCACAAAGGCCCGCCCUUUAUAUCGUGUUUAAGAACCCCUAUCUUGUUUUAAUUCUGCCGAAUUCUGAUAGCUAUAUGCAAAUACGUAAGAUUUUUUCAUAGGUUUUCAACAAUUUGAGUUGCAUGUAGUUCAUUUAAAUUUUAAAAUUACUUGUUACGUUGCUGCUAAAGCAUAUUCAUCUUGUAUAUAUUAAGGAAAGUAUUCCGAUUGCAAACAGAAAAGAUACGAGUGUUAACGACUUUUGCAAUAACCCGCACAUUAACGAUUUUAUUACAGGUCGAAUACAUGAAAUCGGGAAAAUCACAUGUACGCAUUUACCUUGUAUGUCUAUUAAGAUAUUGAUUACUGCGUUUUCAUACGACAUUAAUGAUUUCACCUUUAACAACUUUGUCAAUGUAUCGCAUAAAAUCAUAUUUCCGUUGCAAUGAUGCGUAAAUAUAUUAAUAACCAUAACGAAACACUUUACUUACAUGGUUUUGUCAUUCGUCCUGUCUAUUCUGGAAAUGUUACAUUGUUCAUUUUUUUCCGGACAUAUUCGUGAAUAAACGUUAUGAUAACAACUUAAGUUCAUGUUUUUGUUAUAUCACAUGAGCAAAGAUUUUUUAACCAGUUUAUUCACUGCAAUACGUUAAUAACUAGAAUGUUUGACUCAUAUUAGUUGAAGUGCCGAUAAGAUUUCUUAUGGUGUAUUGAAAAAUACUGUUUCUGAGAACUAACCUUUUUUUACUGGUAGAAGUUAACUAGCGACAGUAAUAUAUGAAGGACUGAAAUGUAGCUCAAUCGAUCAUAGUGUUCAGCUUUCAGUAUCAUUUGUGUUGUUUUUAAGUGAACGCACAUGUUAAUUAUGACAUCGAAUGGAUCAUCUCAAUACAGCAUCAUUAAUUGGUGUUUAGUUCAAGGCUUAAACAGAAAACCUUUUAACAAUAGGUGUUAUUUUAGAAUUUGUGAAAUUUGAUAAUAAACAUUCAUGUAUAUCAUGUUCAAAUGACCAAAUGUAACUGAUUUACAAUUUGAAUUGAGUUGCUUUAUUUUCUGUUUGAUUUAUUUUUCCUUUCAGAUGAUGUACAUUUGUGUGAUUCUAGGUUUUAAUAAAUAAUUUUAAAACAUUAAUGCAGCAUACUGCUAAAUUAUUGUUAACAUUAUUAUUUUAUGUUGGUUAUCUGGUUUAUCGAGUGGAAAAAAUGUAAUAUAUAAAAUAAAGCUUAUAAAGUAUU